AGUACUUCUAAUUAAAGAGCAAAGGCAUAGAUAUAAUAUGAAGAAGGUGCUCGCUUGAUUCAGGAUGGUAGCUUGAUUUCUAUGUCCUAUUCAUUGGAUGGUCAUGAGCAAAGAACCUACUUGGUUGGAAGCAGCCUCUAAAAUAUUUGAGAGUGGCGUGGAGGUAUGGAUGACAGCUCCCGAGCUGGUCCGCACUAUAAAAGAUUAUGGAAUCAAGCCUUUAAGGUCUGAGUACGGGCAAUCUGUGAGAACUCUGAGGGCUGCACUCAACAUUGAGGCAAAGAAAGACAAUGGGGCUUUCUUGCGGAAAGAUUACAACUUCAACUGCUAUUUUGCACUCAAAAACAUGGUGGAUGAUACCAAUGCUGUCAGCCUCUCCAGAACCCCAGCAAAGCGUGCACCCACUCUCUCAAAACAGAAACAAAAUGUCACGUCCAAGUACCAGUCUCCCCCUUCUCCAAUAAUAAAUGGCUAUCCCCCCUCCCCCACUACACCCCUUUCUACCCCCCAAAUAGUCCCAACCCCUGGAACACCCAUGAUUGAGAUUGACCCUGAUGUCGGCCAUAGGCAGAAAGACGAGUUGAGCGGGUUCUGUCUACCGUCACCUUUGACCUCUCUUUUGGGGGCCAGACGAAUAAUAAAUGUGCUCAACGAUUCCAUUGACGCCGCAUCCCAACGUCCGAUGAGAGAGGCUCGUAAGCGACGAGUGACUAGAGACAGAGAGAAUGAGGAUCCACUAUCCUUGACGGCAAAUGGUCCCACCUCCCCCACUCCUAACCAUCUGGGAGAGAUACUGCAGUUGGAAGUCUGUCACCAUGUGCCUUGUCUCCUAUCGGAGGUGGACUGUGUAAGGAGUUCGUCUGUCGGAUCACCUUUGAAGGAUCCAUGUUCUGUGCAAGGUGAACGCAUUAGCACUCAAAGCAUUGAAAUAGACCCCAACUAUGUCUACAAGAAAAACUCCGAGUCUGACAGUUCUUCAGAGAGUAACGACGAUGAAGAGGGUAUCUCAGUUCGUUUCCAACCAACACCCAGCUCACAGCUGCUCGUAAAGCGUCGACGUCGCCGGCAAAGAAGAAGUCUAGCAUGUGAUGGUGAAGAGAAUAGCGAGUCUGAACUGACAGAAGAAUCAGUAGGAUCACCCCUACAGGAGGAGGAGGUAGACGAGACAGAGUACGUUCCGUACAAAACACAGAGGGGUAGGCCACGACGUUUGUCGUCAGUUCGUAGCAUAUCAUCUUUAGGAGUUGAGGAUAGGAUGGUUCUGAGUGAACUGAAAGAGAGUGGAGCUGAUCAUGUUGUGGUUAAGCCUCCUCUUGACCAAAGGAGACAUGUGUCAACUCUAUUCUUACCAAGUUCUCCCCUCUUAAACGAAAACUUGAAGACGUUGCUCGGAAUGGAACCGUUUGAAAAGCUAACUCAGAGUCAAAAACAAAAGCUUGUGGCACACUUACCUGUUGUUGAUCAACAGAAUGGAACAAGAGUCCCUGGUGAUUGCUUCAGCAGCUCAUUUUACAGCAGUGCGCUGCGUGAGUGGAGUGAGAGGCUAGCCUUGGGCAUGUUUACGGCCGAAUACAAAGCAAGGGUGCGGGGAGAGGAAAAGAGAAAGAUGACCCUCAAGUCAGAAAACAGUUGGAAGGAACAGUACUACGAGAGACACUAUGGAGACAAAGCUGCUGUCAGCCGAGAAGACUCCCCUCCUCCAUACUUCCCGCACUCUCUGCCUGAUGCUAACUCACAGUUCUUGACAGCCAUUGUUGAUGGCUACUUUAAUACAGAGACAGAUAGGGCUCACACAUCUCCCCCUCCCCCUCCCCCUCCCCCUCCUCCAGUAUCUGUAAAGACUCCACCUAAAACUAUACCUACUCCAAUCUCACUUCAGAAAAUGAAAAGCCCCCAAAAACCAACCAUUAAAUCAGCAGUGAGUAAACCUUCGAAAUCUAUAGCUUGUCAAAAGAAACCUUCCAUUAAGCGAUUGAAGGAAUCAACAAAAACGAAGCCGACUAAAUCUCUGCCGGAGAAAAAAUGUCCCAAUUCACCUGUCAAAAAACGAAACUCAGCUUUGUUAGCUGGUAAAAAUGCAGGAAAAGCAAUUGGCAAAAAAUCUACGAUCAAAAAAGGUGUAACCACACCACUAUCACCUGUGCUCAUGCGUAAGCUGCUUAAAUCUCCAAGCCUUUCAAGAGAUUUCCUGACCCGAUCACCAGCGCAGAUAUCCUAUCAGGAGAUUCUUCACAAUCUUAAAGCUGUAUCGAACUCUGACCCCCCUGCCAAACCCUCUGAAGUAUGUCAGAUCACUGCUGCUGCUUACUCACCUCCGUUUCAUCACCCUCACUCAGUAUUUCACGAUCAUUUCGCUCUCCUCAGUAAAGAGCACGUGCCGAUUGAUUUCUGUUUCAGAGUAGCAAGUCUUCCCCUCAGUCUACCGCUACGCUACUACAGUGCUUGUAUGCAAGGAAAAGCAAUAUUCAGAGAACAUUCAUACUCACAAAGGGGGGUGUCCACUCCCCAUAAAUCGCUCACACUAUCUCUACCAAGGUCUCUACUGACAAGUAGCAAUGGAUAUGUAUGUGAGGAUCCUCCAAUGGUGUUUUGCUCUUUCUGUCGAUGUCUCUAUCACUCUAACUGUACUGAUAUGUCACUGUGCCCUACUUGUCAACAAAACUAAUGCACGUACAUGUUAGCUACAGGCUCUUUAUAGACUUUUUUCAUGAAUUCGUGUCGAAUUAUUAUUUAUGAAUGAUGUUUAAUUAUUCAAUUGAUAAUGUUCAGA